AAAUCCUCGACGGAGUUAGACUCGUGGUGAUUCCGCGUUCGCGGUCCAAAGUCGACCGAGCCCGCAUGGAUAUUUGGAAACGACAGGGGGCCAUUCUGGACUCCGUCGUGAAGAGCCCUGACUCGAUAGUGGUGGUGGCUAGGCCGUUAAGCAGGGCCAAGUUCGACAGCUCUGUGGGGGCCAAAUACCGCGGACAGCCGGUCGUGAGACCCGAGUGGGUGGUGGACUCGCUCGCUAACAGGCGAUUGUUGCCGCUCGACGAGUACCAGUACAGCUUUGAUGAGAAAAAGCCGGAACCUACAAAAGAGCCAGAAAAAUUGGAAGCAAGCGACCCGCACAAGGCGGACCAGCGUUUGGUUGGAUUUUUAAGCAUGGGCGCGCGCAGCGAAAAAGGCCGGAUGGACGAGUUUGCCAACAAUGCCAAGGUGGUGGAACGGUUCGAGGAAGCGAUAAAGAUAUACGAGGUGAUGCAGUUUUUCGACAAAAACAAUGUUUUCCGCAUCAAAAACUACCGGCUCGCGAUCAGCGCGAUCGAGAGCCUGGACAAGGCGCUGACAAGCGCACAGGACCUCCAGCGGUUUGGCCUGGACCGCGGCGGCAUCGCACAGCACGUCGAGGAAGUUUUACAGACGGGCACGUUCUCGAAGCUGGAGACCCUGAAGCAGCAGGAGAAGGGCGACGAGCGGUACCAGCUGAUGACGCAAUUCAAGAAAAUAUACGGCGUCGGGGACACAACGGCGUACCGUUUUGUCAAGGCGGGCUACAAGAGUAUCCAGGACAUUGUGCACGACCAAGCAAUGUAUGCAAGUCUCACAGACGCCCAAAAGCUGGGAAUUCUGCACUUCGAUGAGUGGAACGAGCGGAUACCACGCACAGAAGUGGAGAAGCACUACAAUUUUGUGGUGAGAGAGGCGAAAGAAAUCGAUAUGAACCUCAAAGUGAUGCUAAUGGGGUCGUAUCGACGGGGAGCUGAGACGAGCGGCGACAUCGACCUGAUUGUCUACACGGAGGAGGUCAACGAAGCAAGCCAGGUCCACGAAAACCUGUACAAGCUCACCCGCAGGCUCCAGGAGUCCGGAUUCAUUGUCUGUUCGAUGACAGAAGUGUCGCCCGCAAUGCACAAGUUCAACGGCGGCUGCAAGCUGCCAGAAGCACAAAUCUGUCGCCGGCUAGACAUAAUUGGCAUCCCGCACGCGGAGCUCGGGGCGGCGACGAUAUAUUUUGUCGGAAACGACAUAUUCAACAGAUGUCUACGUUUGCUUGCUCGGAUCAAGGGGUAUCACCUGAGCAACAAAGGCCUGUUUCUGGCUGCAGAUAAAUCUCUUGUCGAGAGUUUUGAUGAGCGCAGGAUUUUGCACACGCUGGGUCUCGAUUGGGUGGAAUAUAAGCACCGAAACAUUUAGUUACAUAUCUGAAACCAACGCAAGCAGGAGAUUUAUUGCACGCGCGUGCGGCUCGCGGCAGCCGGUUUCAAAAUUUGCAACCAGCCAUAAAAACCGGCACGCUGGCAUAUUUUUCUGUGUCACAAGAAAUACACCGAACGAUUGGAGCCAGACACCACACAGAGGUUGCCGCCACUAGUCACUGGCUUUUAUAGAGCUAUCGUUUCGCAUUGAUUUCCAAACUGUCCAAGUAACCUCUCUACUGAUACCCCUAUAGAUGUCUGCCGAUAGCAAAUCAAAACCUCCGGCGUUGGACCUUGGCAAGCAGUCCAAGGCGGAGCUGGAGAAAAUCGCAUACCACAUCGUGUCGCCCGGUCUGCCGCCGCUCAGCGAAAGAAACAAGAGUCGGGUCCGCCAAAGCAAAUCCAUCGAGGCACAACAGAAACGUCUGAUCAAUGAGCGUGCCGGCAGCAGGAGCCCGGUAGAAGUGAAGAAAUCACCCGGCGUGGGCGUCGGAAAGAAUAUUCCGCGCUUGAAAAGAGCCAAGCCGCCUCCUCCAUUGGAUAUCCACCACGGCCCGCUGCGACACGGUCUGGCCAUGAGAUCGGCUCCAUUGCGAGGGUACCGUGUGUUGAUGCGGCCAUAUCCUGCGCCACAGCCUCUCUACACUUCUCCGCAUGGCUAUUACCCUUAUCCGCCUGCCUAUCCGCCUGCCGUGUACCCGUCGCCACCCCUGGUGCGAUAUCAUCAGGUGAGCGUGGACAACGGGGAGUACGUUGUGGUGAAGACGCCGAGUUCUGAGGACGACCCGGUGCGAGACGAGGUGGAUGAGGAAAAGGACGCAGAGUCGUCAGUCGACGACGACGUCGAGAGCCGCGCAAUUGAAGACGGAGCCGUGCCCAGCGAGAGCGCGUCUGAUCCGCCGAUGGAUGCGCCCGUCGAGCUGGUCUCGGGCGACCUGCGACUGGGUUCUGAGGUCUACACGUACGAGGUUCCCGUGCACGAAAAAACAAGCGAUUUCCGCAAACAUUUCCUGCGCCUGGCAGGAGCCAUUUUCGACGACUAUAUGGCUAGGACUAGCGAUCGAUGAUUAUGUAAGGGCGA